AUGGUCCAGGACGAGCUGAGAAAGAUCAUCACGACCCUUGCAGUGAAGAAUGAGGAGAUCCAAAAUUUCAUCUACUUGCUCAAGCAGAUGCUUCAAAAUGUGGAGACCAAUUCGGAUCGGGUCCAAGAAGACCUGGAGGCCGAGUUCCAGUCCCUCUACGUCCUGCUGGAUGAGCUCAAGGAAGGGAUGCUGAUGAAGAUCAAACAAGAUCGGGCCAGCCGGACGUACGAACUGCAGAACCAGCUGGCGGCUUGCACGAAAGCCUUGGAAAGCUCAGAGGAACUUUUGGAAACCGCCAACCAGACCCUCCAGGGGGCUCAGAACCAGGAUUUCAACCAGACGUGGGGAAACUUGAAAUCUCCUCUCUAACUUGCCUUUUCUCCCCCCCCCCAUAGCGUGACUAUGGCCCCCGCAUUCCGGCUCUCGCUCAAGGCUAAAGUAACGGACAACAUGAGCCAUUUGAUGGUGGAUUUCGCCCAGGAACGCCAAAUAUUGCAGAAUUUGAAAUUCCUGCCAGUUCCCAGCGCGCCCGAGAUAGACAUGGCUGAAUCGUUGGUGGCCGACAACUGCGUAACUCUUGUGUGGAACAUGCCAGACGAGGACAGCAAGAUCGACCAUUACGUGCUGGAAUAUCGCAAGACCAACUUUGAAGGACCACCUCGCGUCAAGGAAGACCAGCCGUGGAUGGUUAUUGAAGGAAUUAAACAAACUGAGUAUACGCUUUCUGGGUUGAAAUUUGACAUGAAGUACAUGAACUUUCGUGUCAAAGCUUGCAACAAAGCUGUGGCAGGAGAGUUUUCUGAGCCGGUUACGUUGGAAACAAGAGCCUUCAUGUACCGCCUGGACGGCAGCACCAGCCACCAAAAUCUCAAGGUGGAAGACCUCAGCGUGGAAUGGGACGCCAUGGGCGGGAAGGUGCAGGACAUGAAAGCGCGUGAGAAGGAUGGGAAGGGGCGAACCGCCUCCCCGGUCAACUCUCCAGCCAGGUGCGUCCAGUCUCCAAAAAGGAUGCCGACCGGCCGUGGAGGGAGAGACCGAUUCACUGCCGAAUCCUACACAGUGUUGGGAGACACCUUGAUUGACAGCGGCGAUCACUACUGGGAGGUGCGCUAUGACCGGGACAGCAAGGCCUUUGCGGUGGGCGUGGCUUACCGGACUUUGGGCAAGUUUGACCAGCUGGGCAAAACCUCCUCCUCCUGGUGCCUUCAUCUCAACAACUGGCUGCAAGUCAGCUUCACCGCCAAACAUAACAACAAGGCCAAGAUCUUGGACAUCCCGGUCCCCGACGUCGUUGGCGUGUAUUGCAAUUUCCACGAAGGCUUCCUCUCGUUCUACAAUGCCAAAACCAAGCAGUUACUGCACACGUUUCGGGCCAAAUUUACCCAACCGGUUCUUCCGGCCUUCAUGGUCUGGUGCGGCAGCUUCCACGUCGUCUCCGGUUUGCAGGUCCCCAGCGCCGUCAAAUGCCUUCAGAAGCGCAACAGCGCGACAAGCAGUUCCACCACCAGCCUCACCUAGAGACCCGCGUCACGUUCCUCCUCCUCAAGACGGGGACCCUCCCGCCCUGAGACAGACCUGCAGUACUGACCGCCCACCGCAACAGACCCCACCAUAUUUUUAAAAAAUAUACAGUAUAUAUUCUUUUCCUUCCAGGUCUCGGAUAGGCCCUCAGACCGCCUUCGGCAAGGGGACCUGAAAGACGUUGGCCGGAAGGCGUUCGGUUCUUGAGGCCGGAUUGCAGAGCUUGCCCUUGCUGGUCUUAGUGGCGGGGCGCCCCUCUGCUCCCCGGUGCCGUCGGCGGGACAUGGGGCUCUCACGCAGCACGAAGGCUUGGUUGAAAGAAGGACAAUGAAAGCCCUGGG